AUGGAUGACAAGUCGCCCUUAAAAAACGGCAUGCCACUCAAGCAAACCUCAUCAGACGCAGCGGGAGAGGUGCUGGAGGCCGGCAAUGUCGACGCCCUCCACCGCCGUCUCGGCAACCGCCAGAUCCAACUAAUUGCCAUCGGAGGAUCCAUCGGAACGGGCCUUUUCAUCAACAUCGGCUCCGGUCUAGCAAAGGCCUGCCCGGUAUCCCUUCUCCUUGCAAUGACCGUCUACUGCAUUUUUCUUGGCCACGUCAACAACACCAUGGCCGAGAUGGCAACCCUUUACCCAGUCAGCGGUGGCUUUAUCCGCAUGGCGGGCAAGUGGGUUGAUGACGCGUUUGGCUUCAUGGCCGGUUGGAACUUUUUCCUUUACGAGGUCUUGGUCGUGCCCUUUGAGAUCACCGCGUUAAGUAUUGUUCUUACGUUCUGGCGAGACGACAUCCCUCCAGCUGCCAUCAUCACGGCUGUAAUUAUAUCAUAUGUGAUCCUUAAUAUCCUCGCCGUUCGCGUAUACGGAGAAGCAGAAUUUUGGCUGUCGAGUGGCAAGGUUCUGCUAGUCUUCAUCCUCUUCGGCUUCACAUUUUUUACAAUGGUCGGUGUGAAUCCCCAGGGUCAUGCCUAUGGAUUCAGCUACUGGAAAGAUCCUGGCCCCUUCGCCGAAUGGCACACAACUGGUGACCUUGGACGCUUUGAAGGAUUCUUGGCUGCUCUUUGGGUAGCGUAUUUCAUCGUCGUAGGCCCAGAGUAUAUUUCGAUGACCGCCGCUGAGGCCAAGCUACCCCGAACAUACAUCAAGAACGCAUACAAGACGGUCUACUGGCGAUUCGGUCUUUUCUUUAUCGGCGGCGCGCUCUGUGCUAGCAUUGUGGUUCCGUACGACGACCCUAUCCUCCGAGGUAUUAUCGCCGGUACCGAAUCUGGUGCAGGAACAGCGACAGCCUCACCCUACGUUAUCGCCAUGGAGAAUCUCAAGGUCGGUGUCCUGCCGCAUAUCACCAACGCGCUCAUCUUUACGAGCAUCUUCUCGGCCGACAACACUUACUUUUACUGUGGCGUCCGUAGCCUCUAUGGUUUAUCCCUUGAGGGUCGCGCACCCAAGUUCCUGUCCAAGCUGACCAAGAACGGUGUCCCAAUCUACUGCGUCAUCGUAUCAGCUGCCUUCUCAUGCCUCUCUUACCUCCAGCUCUCGUCAGGCACCACCGUCGUCCUGCAGUGGUUCGUCAACCUGGUCACUGCCGGCUGCAUCAUCAACUACAUCGUCAUGUGUAUCACCUACAUCCGGUUCUACAAGGCCUGCCAGCUGCAAGGUGUUGAUAGAAGCACAUUUCCCUACCGCGGAUGGUUCCAGCCUUACAGUGCAUACCUGGGUCUGGGCUUUGUCAUUUUCGUGCUCUUCGGCUACGGCUACUCGUCCUUCACCCCGUGGGAUGUCACCAACUUCUUUACGCACUACGGCAUGGUUAUUGUUGCUGCUGUCACGUAUUCCGCCUGGAAGAUUAUCCACAAGAGCAAGGUCGUCCCUGUGGCGGAGAUGGAUCUGGUGUGGGAGAAGCCAGCGAUUGACGCCUACGAGGCUACCAGUGAAGAAAUUCCAGUCGGGUUCUGGACUGAGAUCCUCUCAAUGGUUGGUCUGAAGAGGCUUCCCAAGUUGGCUACGACCGCCUAA